AUGACCUGCAGGAUAAAUCACAAGAGAAGAAGCGCAUCCCGAGGUAAGCGGAGUGUGCAGCCUCAGCGGAAGGACUCUCUGGACUGGACCCAGCGCAACUACUGCGAGAGCUUCCCCCUGAACCUAGAGGCCGUGGUGGACAAUGUGGAAAGGACAGACGGUUUACAGCUGUCGGUGGAAGAAUUUGCAGAGCGAUAUGAAAGACCGUAUAAGCCUUUUGUUCUGCUGAAUGCCCAAGAAGGCCAGUCCGCACAGAAGUGA